CUCCCCUCCUGCCGUCCGCUCCGCAGCAGCAGCAGCAGCAGCAGCAGCAGCAGGACGGAGGUACUUCAGUUUUUGAAGCCGUGGCAUGAAUGAUCUCAUCUGAACCUGAUCUCCGCUUUCUCUGCCGUCGAUCCUAUGACCGAGACGGGAAUAAAAUAACACAAACACGAGGAGUCUUGCUUCAGACUGGCCUAAAAUGGGCAGAAAUGGUGCUGAACAAAAGCUGCUUGUCGCGCGUACAAAAGUACUUGAAGCGCUGCAGCCGGGACCGAGCUGCAUUGCUAUUGCCUGUGCCUCUCAACAGGAAAGCAGAGAGACAUCAUGUUCCCGAAGGGCACCAAGCGCAAGUUCUCCGACUCCGGAGAGGAGGCGGCGUGUGGCGGCGGUGAUCAGGGCCCCUCGGCCGCACCGGCCCCAUUCGCCGCCGCGGCGCGGACACUGUCGUCGUCCUACAGCCUGCAGCGGCAGUCGCUGCUCGACAUGUCGCUGAUCAAGCUGCAGCUCUGCCACAUGCUGGUGGAGCCCAACCUGUGCCGCUCGGUGCUCAUCGCCAACACGGUGCGGCAGAUCCAGGAGGAGAUGACGCAGGACGGCACCUGGCAGAUCAUGACCCAGGCCCUGGCGGCCGCCCAGUGCCCCGCCGACCGCCUGGUGGCCACCGAGGUGCUGUGCAGACAGACUGAGGCGGCGGCGGCGGCGGCGGCGGCGGUGCAGGCCGGCCAGAGCCCCAAACCCUUCUCCGUGUCCGGGCUGGAGGAGGGCUACCACUCGGAGGAGGUGGUGAUUGACGGGGACGCGGAGGCGGAGGUCGCCAUGUCGUCUCUGUCGCCCGUCUCACCUCAGCUGUCCUCGGCGUCCUACCUGGCGGGGCCGUUCGGGAUGGGGCCCUGUUGGGAGGACGACGAGGAGGACGCCGACUGCGACGAGGAUGAGGAGGAGGACAGCGAGGAGUGCGCGUCGGAAGGCGAGGACGGCGAGCGGCACCACCUGAGAGCGGACUCCAGGACAGGGGAGCAGGUCUUCGGGACUUUUGAGAUCAAGCACCCGGCGCCGCCGCCCGACCCGGCGCUGGAGGAGCUGUUCUCUGACGUGGACCCGUCCUACUACGACCUGGACACGGUGCUGACGGGCAUGCAGAGCACCCCCAAAAUGGGGCCUUACGACCUGCUGGAGAGCCUGUCCUCUCACGGGCCGACGGCGCUGAGCUCCAGCGCCACCUGCAGGUCCGACCUCAACGAACUGGACCACAUCAUGGAGAUCAUCGUGGGCUCCUGAAAGCGAUCCCAGACUAUGCACAGCACAACGUGCAUGUUGGUGGUGAUGUUACAGAUCCUUCCAGGUUUUGGGAACAAGGUGGAGAGCAAGGAGGAUGGGAGGGGGCUCACGGAGAAGAUCCGCUUUCAGACUGUAGAGGAGUGAAUGACUUUUGGGUUUUUAUUAACCCACAUGACCAGGGAGCAAAGUUAGUGUCCCGCUUUGUCAAACCCUCCUGCGGUCUUAGGAGACGGGUUCAUUUGGAUGCCACAAGCUUUUUGUACCUUGUGCGCGGUCACACUGACCCCGUGUGCGCUUUUGAGGUUUUUUUUUUCUUUCUUUCUUUCCCCUUUCCUUCCCCUCUCUCCAACCGCCAACAUCCUCUUGUGCGUCGUGCUAAGACCGCGGGAGGGUUCAUAAAAGUCCAAAACCUGCGACUGUCUGUGAGAAGGCAAAGAUAAUUACCUACACCGCGAUGCAUUCUGACUUCCUGUCGUUUCCGUCUCGUUCUAGCUCCUUCUGGUCCGACUCUUGCCUUUUUCUUUUUUUUUUUACGUCCAGCUCUAUUUAUUGUUACAUGGACCAAGGAACAACUCGCCACACUACAUGCACCGAAACAGAACAAAUUGUAAAUCCAAAUCUAUGAAUCAAUGCAUAUUUUCCUAGAGAUUUGAGCAGUUAUGAAUGGAUUAUAUGUAAAUGUACGUAUGUGUAUAUAGAAAUAUAUUUUUUUGCAUUAUACGGCUUGCUGGGGGAGGGGUCACGGGGUGGAGGAGGGAAUUUUGCGAGCAUCACUUGAUAUCCUUAUUUUCUGUCCCAAGCGGUUUUUAAAGGUUUUAAUGUAGCCGGACUGGAGACGGCGUCUUCCCGUGGACUGUCGACGCGCCGCUUUUCAUUGCUGCCGAAGCUUCACCGCAGAGCAGGAACUCACUUCCAGCCACCGAACCAGACGUGGCUCAGGAGCUUUUUUGUUUGUGUUUUUUUUCCCCUUUACUUUUUUUCAGUUUACAGUAUCCAGAAGUGACAAAUGAAGUAGUUUGGCUGCUGCGCUUUUAAUACAGACCCAAUAAUGGUAAGAAGCAGCUUUUCUCUCUCUGUCUCUUUUUCCUAAAGCAUCUGGGGGGAGAACUGCAUCGAGAAGCCAUAUUUCUUUUUUUUUUUAAUUUCUUUUUAUUUCUCAUUUGUUACUACAAAUGACGAAUCCUCUGUGUUAACCCAUCUAAUUUAUUGUUUAUUUAUUGUAUUUAUUUUAUCUAGGUACAGACAUGGCAUAUUGACGUAUCAAUUCAACCACCAGGCCCGGUGAAAUUGUAUUUAUCGGGCAAAAAACCCCCAUCUUUUCCCGGUUUUAAAUGCAGUACCUAUUUAUUCCUAAAAGCAAAACAAUAAUAACCGGGUUAAUAAUAAAGUUACUAUGCAGCUCUGUCAUGUGUUUCAUAAUGACCGUAUAACUACUCAAAUGUCCUUAAAUUCCAUUAUGCAAACAGUUCUUUCUCCAAAUCUGUAGAAAAACAAAAACCGUUUCUUUCUUCUUUUUUUCUUUUUUUCUUUUUUUUUUUUCCCCAAAUUGCUUCUUAUGGUGAAUAAAACAUGAACUCAGGCAAAUGAAAUGUAUUGAUUGAAAUACAGUAUUACAACACGCUGAAUACCUUACCACAACACUCCUGAAGGAUGUCACUCUAGUCUGAAUAGGAGCUAGAACUUCAAAGACGUAACUAUCUUUGUAAAAUGUAUGCAUUUUUAUAUCGGAAAAAAAAACAUUGUAGCAUCUUUGUACAUAUUUUUUAUAAUAAAAGGUGCAACUAUUGAA